AUGGAAACUAUACUAUACAAUAUUCUUCAGCACAAUGGGUUUGACGGAAUAACGAAAGCGGCUGAACGAAUGUUUUUGGAUGCAAUCGACAAACACAUCAGGGCUUUAUUUUACGAACUAGCAAUCCACACACAACUUGGAAAACAUAAUGAACCUACUACUCAAGACGUUGCGCAUUGGUUGAAUUUGAAUAAUAUACCUGUAUCAAGCCUUCAUAAAGAGUUGCAUACAGUAUACAAGCCAUUAUCACAAGAAUUCAUUGAAAAUCUGGAAGAAACGAUUCACAAGUCCGCUGAUAUACCGGAUCGCUUUAAAUCAUCACUGGACUCUAGCAUGAUAUCUCACUUGCUUGGGUCUUUGGCUGUUUCUCAAAACCGACCUAGUUAUGUAGCAAACCAUUUGCCCCCGUUUCCUGCCUCUCACACGUAUUUAGCUAGCCCCGUGUACCCAGUAAGACCUACGUCUCCCAGACGGAUACGAGAACUGGCUACGAAAGAAUCUCGUUUAGCUGAAAAUGCUUUGCGGAAGAUUCUAGAUGCCAAUCAACCUCAGGUUCUGAAUUCACCUCGACAAGCCGCUUUUGCAAAGGCGAGCCAAGAUUUGGAGUUGGAUAGCAAAUCUUUUCACAUUGUCAAUUGGGAAUCACAGAAAUGGAAUACUCCAAGAUAA